AUGGGCAAGGAUGUACUCUCCAUUCGUACAGUGCAACAUUGGUUCAAUCGGUUCAACAACGAUAAUUUCGAACUCGACGAUUUACCUCAUUCCGGUAGACCACUAGAGGUGGAUAUGGAUGUCUUACAGCAGCUUGUCGAUGAAGAUCCAAGAUUGACUACAUGGUGUUUAGCAGAGCGACUUGGGUGCUGUCAUACUACAGUGGAAAGACAUCUGGACGAAUUAGGCAAGACGUGGAAAUAUGGAGCUUGGAUACCACAUGACUUGUCGCCACCUCAGCUCCAACACAGGGUUGACGCUUGUAUGGAAUUAAUGACAUCUCAUCGCAACUCCAAUGGCUGCACAAUCUUAUUACCGGGGAUGAAAAAAUCGAUCAUGGGUGGAAAACCAUCGGUUCGAGUUUAUGAAGAACUUCCAAUGCCGACAAAGAGUAGCUACACUCCGAAAUCAAAUCCGAGACACGAUGAAAUUGAAGACAACUUAACCGAUCUGUUUCUCGAAGCUGCAAAAUUUGUCCUAUGGAAACUUAUACCGAUGAUUGGCACAUUUACUCCGCCAGCUCAAUUCUUCAUUUACGUUCAGAAUUUCACUUCUGUCGUUGAUCUAUUGAGUACAGAGGAUUCGAUGAAUCCAAUUGUCCAAUUAAUGAAGAAAAUGGUCAAUGAAGAGAGCGCAAGAAGUGCUCUGGCCUUAAUUAACGCCAAAAUUCUCACAAUUGAAUCUCGUCUGAAGGAUGAAUCUGCUACAAAGAAUAAUGCAGCCAUUGCCGCCAAUACAUGUGAAGAAAUUUUACAUCUCUUCGACAGUGAUAAUUACAUUCUUUGGGAUAUAUCAAUAACCUCAUCCUCCGUUCUGAUACCAUUUUCAGCUAUUUGUGCGCAAGUCAUCAAAUUGAACUAUUGUGCACAAGCAGUCAAACAGUUAAUGAAUGCUGGAGCAAUAGCCGGUACGAUUGUACGAAUAAAAGAAUUAUUGCCUCAUCCAUCUACAAUCAAAAUUGAAAAAGAAACAAAUAUUUUAAAUUACUGGAAAUUGAAUGAAACUCAAUAUCCUAUAUUAGCUCAGUUAGCUAAACAAGUACUUUGCAUUCCUGCUACAAAUACGGCCAUUGAACGGUUAUUUUCGUAUAACGGCAAUGCUACCAUUGGUUUAUUGCCACAAAAAUGUCAACCUGUCGCAAUAUGGUUUCUAAGUCGUCAUGCUUAUCGUUAUCCGAAUAAACGUGGAAUGAACAGAAUUCAAAAAACAUUAGGUGUUCUGAAAGUCAACUUGGUCAGUAGUUCAAAAGUGAAUAAUGUUGAGAAUACUAGAAAACAAUUUGAACAUUGGCAAAUGAAAUUUGAUCCAAUUAAACAUGAUCGAAAUUUAGCUGAUAUUGGUAAUGCAAUCAUUAAUGUUCAAAUAUCAAAAAAUAAUUUGAAAUUUGAACAAAAGUUACAGCGAUUGCGAGAACGGUAUGGUUUAUCCAAAAAACAAUUUGAUGCAAAAAUAUUAGAACAAGUGAGAAAAACAUGUGCCUAUGAAACAAGUAUAUAUGAACAAACAUCAGUAUGGUGUAAAUUAUUAACAAUAGAACUAAAUGAAUUCAAAGAGUAUGAAGAUGAUCUGAAACAUAAUUGUCAAUAUGGUUAUAAAUAUCCCAUUAAUUAUGAACAAACCUGCAAUUUAAUGAAACAAUUUCACAAGGAUUUAAGAUCAGUGUUAAAGAAACCACAAAAUCAUUUUUAUUUUGGUCAUGCUGCAACGCUAACAACAUUUUUGACUCGUCUUGAUUUAUACAAAGAUCCCUAUGUGUUAGAUUUUAAACAUUUUCGGCAAAAAAAUAGAUGGAAAACAAGUCUAAUAUCGCCAAUGAAUACAAAUAUAAUGUUUGUUCUAUAUAAAAGUUGUCAAAAUCGAUCAUUUUCUUCUAACAAUGGUGAUUAUUGGAUGCAAAUAAUACAUAAUCAACAUAUUGUUAUACCAAAGGGCUGUAAUGGUGAACAAUUAUGUGAUGUAUACACAAAUAAUUUUUCGUUCACCUCAACGGCAUAA